AUGGCGCAACAAACUCUGUCUAAUGGCCCAACCAUGGAUGGUAAUCAUCUUAAAACUGAAAUAAACAACCAAGAAUCGCAACCUGGAAAACUUACUCCAGAACCACCCAUCGUCACGCCAUCACCUCCAAACCCAAACGGACCAUUUCUAGUACGUCCACCUUUAAGUCGCUCAGAUAGUCGUCAAAACUUUCAAUACCGUCCACCAUUUUCGCCACAAACUUUUGUAAACAGUGGACCUCAGUCGCUCAGUCCUCAAGUUUUGAGUGGCUACCAGCCAUCUAGUCCUCUGAACAGUGGACCUCAGUCGCUCAGCCCGCAACCUCUGAGCGGCUACCACCCAUCCAGCCCUGUUAACAGUGGACCUCAAUCAAUUGGUCCUCAAUAUUUGAGUGGACCUCAAAUACGACCCGGUGUCAAUAGACCACCAGUAGCAAAUCAACCGUUUGUACAAAGAGGACCGCCGCUAGGUCCCGGUGGGACGAGAUUGCCGCAAGGCAACAACUCACCCCAACAGCAACAACGUCCAGUGUUUAGGCCUCAAAGUCCAUUUCAAAGACCUCCGUUGUUAGGUCAGCGGCCUCAAGUUUAUCAGCAAAGUUCAGUGCCAGCCUAUAGGCCAAGAACUAAUUUGGAAGAUUCUCUCAGCAGUCUGAACAGAUCUCAAACUCUGGAUUCAUCAGAGUUGGAAAAUCCAAACAUUGCAGACGAUGGUCGGCGUCUUUCGGUGGAUCAGAGGCCACCGUCAGCAGCUUCUUUGGCAAGAAGUUUUAGCACUUCGCCGAAUCAAUCGCAAAGUUCAAUGGAAAACGUUUUCAAAAAAGAAGAGGUCGUAACUUCAAGGCCUGAAUCCAGGUCGGGCUCCAGGAUGGACAAAAUCGUGGAAAACGAUGUUAAAAUUGAAAGGAAUCCUUCAGAAAACAGAGGAGAUAUAAUAAAUGGAGAACUUACUACGAAAUCUUCGGAAAUAGAUUCUUCGAAUUAUAUCAUACAUAAUUCUGCGCCGCCCAAACAGGAUCUGCAAGAGGAAGCAAAGAAAAAAGAUAACAUGGAACUCAAAUUGGCAAAUUUCAAUAAAGGAGACAAUGACAGUGGUGUAGAUGAAUCGACACAAGGAAAUGACCAGUCCUGUAAUGGAGACUCUCGAACAUUAAGGAAGCCACCUAAAUCAAGGACAUCGUCUUCAACACCUACAAAAGCAAGGUCUAUGUCUAGAGGAUCUAAGACACCAUCGAGUCUGCAGUCACCUGAUUCUGCUGCUACUACACCAGGAUCGGCCGACAAAAAAAAAGUUCCUAUGAAUAAAAUUCAAGUCGGUUCAGCUCCUUCUCCCAACCUGAAAGUGGUAAAGUCCAAGAUCGGAUCCCUGGACAAUGCCACUUACAAGCCAGGUGGUGGAAAAGUGAAAAUAGAACAUAAGAAAUUGGAUUUUAAAAAUGCAGGAUCUAGGAUCGAGGCCAAGAAUGACAAAUACGUACCGAAAGGUGGCGAGAAAAAGGAAGUUCAAUCUGCAAGAGGUUCCAGAACUGUAACUGCUCCGACACGAAUCAUAUCCCAAAAACUUGAAUGGAACGCUAGAUCGAAAAUAGGAUCACUAGAAAAUGCCGCAUACAAACCUAAAGGUGGAGACAAGAAGAUCGAAUCUGUCAAAUUGAAUUUUAAAGACAAAGCUGCCCCGAAAGUGGGAUCUAAGGAUAACAUCAAGCAUCAACCUGGUGGUGGAGACGUUAAGAUUGAAAAUAGAAAAAUCGAACUUCAUGCUUCAAGCAAAGUUGGGUCCAUGGACAAUGUCAAGCACAAGCCUACCGGUGGAGACAAGAAAAUUUUCGACGACAAAGAUUAUUUGAAACAGUCCGGAAAAUCCAGUAUGGAUCAGUCUUUGUCUGGGUCACAAGCCUAUGAAGAAAUAGAAUAUACCUUAAUCAAACCAGCGACUAAAAAUAUGAAUUCACCCAUCGACGUAACUCGAAGAAUCCUAGACACCCUAAACGAAGAGGAAAUUUGCAACUUUUCUCGCAGAUUUACGAGAUCCGGAUCGACAAGGAGAAAAGUUACUACACCUCGAGGAAAUGAAAGUUCUAAGCCUCAAUGGAGAUUUUAA